AAUACAGGACAUUGUAGACAACAGUUCAUAUCGUCUGAUAAUAUUACUCAGGUACGUCAAAGCUUUCUCAGAAAUGCCCUGCCUAUUUUUGAUAGUUCUUGUUACGGCGCUCGUAAUGACAGAGGCUCGUAAUAACGAAGCUCGAUUGACAGAGGACCUACUGAAUAAAUACCCUAUGACGAAAACUGUUAGGCCGGUCUUAAAUGACUCUGAUGUCGUUGUCGUGACGUAUAGCUACACUGUAACGAACAUCGUUGAACUGGACGAGCGAGGUCAGUUUGUAACUGUCAGCGGAUGGCUUAACCUGGAUUGGCAGGAUCAAUUCAUGGUAUGGAACGCCUCAGACUACGGUGGGAUAGAUGAAAUUAAAGUUCCCCACAAUUCGAUUUGGAUGCCAGACAUAACACUCUACGACAACGUAGACAAUGGUUUCGAACGCAGCAAGACAAGUAUUCCAUUAUCCGUUACUUCGAAUGGUUCAGUUUCUUUGGCAACACCUACUUUUUAUACCGCAUUCUGCAAGAUGGAUGUAAAGCAUUUUCCAUUCGACAAUGAAAUAUGUAGAUUUAAGCAUGGAUCCUGGAUGUACGGGAGUCACCAGAUCGACCUAAAUGUUAGACGGAGAGAGAACGAACAGAGUUACUUCUAUGAGAAUGGUGUCUGGGAUCUAGAAUAUGUCAAUUUUGAAAUGAACUAUACAUCGUAUGGUUUGUCUCCAUAUUCAUACGCUCAUAUUAUUAUGACGAUUGGUUUGAGCCGCCGCUUUGAAUUUUAUGUUGGAAACAUUAUAGCACCUAGUAUUUUACUUUCAUUUCUACAAGCUUUUGUAUUCUUCUUACCCCCGGAAUGCGGUGAGAAAAUUUCGUUUUCCAUUACAAAUUUACUAGCAAUUGUGCUGUUCCAACAACUGAUUGCCGAACAAUUACCUCCUUCUGAUGAAACCCCUUAUAUUGAAAAUGUCAUUACAUUAAUAAUCUGUCUCGGAUGCAUCUCAGUUGUGGCAACGUCGAUUAUUCUGAAGUUGCACUUUGGACGACACAACAAGCCUGUGAAUGGACACAUUUACAGGAUAUUCGUCAGAGGUCUAGGCUCAGCUCUUGGAGUUUAUAACAAACUCGAUUCUAAGACCACACUUGCCUAUUUUAGAAGAGCUGACCCAGUAGGAGCCUGUCUUUCCGAGAGCAGUGCAGAUAUGAGCAACACAGAUAUGUCAAUCUCACAACACGUGUCAUCAUCCAAAAAAAGAAUGACAGAUAUCGAAAUGUUAAAUCAGCCAAUCAAUGAACGGAAAAAAGAGGAAGAACUAACACAAACAUGGAUUGAUGUGGCACGUGUGUUUGACAGAGCGAAGGGAAAAUCGCCAAAAUUAGAAUGUCGGUGGAAGGGCCCCUAUCAGCUAACGGAUUUAUUGAAAAAGGAGACAUUCCGUAUCCGUAUAUGUCCUAGCAAUCGGAUUAAAGUGGUGCACUCUGACCAACUAAAGUGUGCUUCACAAGUAGAACCAGCACAUAAGAGUGUACCAGAACAAGAGAGUGUAUCAGAACAAGACGAUAGAUCAGAAGAAAGUGAACUGGAAAUUGAACAGUUGCCCGACGACGAACCAGAAACGGAACACGAUCCUGACACUAGGGGAAAUUAA